ACAAUCGCGGGCAGGACGGAGGUUUACACCUAGGAGCGUCUGGCUUCUCGCCUGAAGAAGGAUUCUUGCAAGGACGUGCUUCUCAAGAAGGCUAUGCUGGGGUUUCCCAUGCAGACAAGUGCGGACAACGGAACGUGCCACUGCAGCAUCUUGGUUACAGUAUCUCCCGUCCGGACACGCUCCUCGCCCCCGAUAAGAAAGGCUUUCUCACGCGUGUGGUUCACAUCGAGUCGGAUCCGGGGACCAAUGAGCACGCGGAUCUUGCGGAUACCAUCGCCAAUGCGCGCAAAGGAGACGGCAAAAAGGAGCAGGAAUCCGUCACACAGGGCAACCCAGGUGCCGCGGAUCCGACGGCGGGUGGUGUCGAAGCCAUGGUCAGGGGCGGUGGUGAGGCCGCAGGCGAUGGCGGUGGCAAAUGCGCGGUCGAGGGUGGGAAGAAGAGUAUGGGCAAGGGUAAGAAGAUUUAGGUCCCGUGUCGUAACCUGGAAGACCUAUCCACGUUGCCGCCCUUGACAUUGGCACAGGAGGUCAACCACCUCGAGGUCGACAAUAGCCACCAACAGGAGAUCACGGUUGUUUUGGAGAAGCUGCUGAAUGGCGCACGCUCGAAAAUGCUGGACAUGGUUAAGAAGAUGGAUGAGACUCAGGAAGGCUUCAACCGUCUGGCUCUUGCUUUGAACCGCUUGAACAGCCGCGCCGAUGAAACUGAGAAGCGAGCACGGACAAAUAGCGUGGAUGCUAUUCAUGAGAUCCGGGUCGAAUGUGCGAAUGCGGCUGCAGCGAGAGAGACGCUGGAGCGGACGCUGGUACGCGUAGAGGUGUGUUGGCCGAUGUGAAGGGGUUGGUUGCGGGUGCGGUGAGGGAGGCAUCCGAGGUGGCGCGUGCAGAGGUGAUCCAGAAGAUGCUUCGGAUGGAGAACUCAGCGGGGCGUGGGUGCGGGGGCCUUGAUUCUGAGGAAUGUCAUGGCGUCUUUUAGUGCACACGUCAGGCAAACCGUGGGUGAAGCAGUAACGAGUGGUAAAGUACUUCAUCCUGCAGCGACUGAGAUACCCGCAGGUGUACUGUCUCGUGUUUCUGUUCUCCUGCCUACUGAAACGACACGCGUCAAGAAGCGAGGACCGGAUGGCACCGUGGAAGAAGUCUCAGCUUCACGCUAGAAAAAGGAGAAGUCCGCUGGUGUGGGAGUUGCUGGGCGUGCACCGGCCCCCUCCGCAACUCCAGCCAAAAGCGCCCCAGUAGGCACUCAGCGGUCCGCGGGUGCUCUGGUUUUGAGGGCGCCGACUCAGGGUAAGGGUUCCAACUCCGGUCAGGGCACGAGUAUGGGUGUUGGCGGCGACGGCAAAGCAACUCAUACCCCUAGGAGCGGAGCAGCAUCCGCACCCCGUGGAAUUCAG